GUGUCCGCGCAUCUCUUUCGUCCCUGCGUGCGGUGUCGCCGAUCUCCUGAAGGUUACGAAGGGUUCUCUUAGCGAAAUUAAAGAUGUUCGCCCUCCGCAUGAGCUCGGCCGUUGGCCGUCAGCUAGCGCGUGUUUCCGCUCGCGGGUUCGCGGACGCACCCACAGGCAUGGCUUUCACGCUGGCUUCACCGUCGAAUCUGUACUUCCAUGGUGCAGAUGUGCGCCAGGUCGAUGUUCCCUCAUACUCGGGGAACUUCGGUAUUCUGCCAAACCAUGUCAGCACCAGUGCCGUGAUAAAACCGGGAGUGGUCGUCGUAUACCCUAAAGAGGGCGACUUGCAAAGAUUCUUCGUGUCUGCCGGAACCAUCACCGUCAACGAAGAUUCCUCGGUUCAGGUGAUCGCAGAGCAGGCGAUCGCUGUCGAUCAGCUCGACGGUAGUCUGGUCGGAGCAGGGCUCGCGAAGGCCCAACAGCAGCUGGCGUCAGCGUCCACCGAGACGGCGAAAGCUGAGGCUCAAAUCCUCAUCGAGGUGCAUGAGGCCAUGCAGAAGGCUAUCGACGGUGUUAUUUGAGCGAGCAAAUGAGUUUAUGAUGUAUAUCCGGUUUUAGGUGGAAUAAAUGAUAGCAGGAAGGAUACCGCUUUCGCUUGAGAUGAAA